AUGUCCAAGGCAAAGCGGACAACUGUGCAGGACACUGAGGAGGAGGAUUUCGACGAGUUCGACGGAUCUGAAGAUGUACUAUCCCAAUUCAACAUACCGAGAACAUCCCCGCCGUCCAUCUCACCUCCCCCACCUCCACCGCCUACAGCAACGACAACGUUCUCCGAACGGCCACAUACGAACACGCUUGUAGACCUUCCACCAAAGUCCAUUCUGGGGUCAGCAAAGACGGAGCUCGGCUCGAUGGCAGAAGACCUCGACGAGGACGAGCUCACAACAGAGUUUACUCGUGAACUUGUCAAGGGGAUGGAGGACCUGAUGAGGGAGCUUCAAGUGGAAGCAGGCCAUUCCGACUCUCAGGGCGACACCGAAGAAGACCGGAUUGGACUGUUGAAGGCUGCAUGGGAGGCUAUGUUGGUCGAAGGCAUGAAUGGCGAGGGAGGCGAGGACGUCCAACAGAUGAUGGGCCCGGACUAUAAACCCAAAGACGCAGGCCGUAGUGGUGGUGACUUUCAGUCCAAGGUCAAGCAGACGAUGGACAAGCUGAAGCAGAGCGAGUCGGAUUUGAAGGCUGAGGACUCCACAUCGACUUCAGAUCUGGACCUAGCUAGCAUAGAGGCUAUGUUGAAGGAUCUGGGAAUGGAAGAGAAUGGCGGGCUCGAUGCGAGCGAGGAGUCUAUCGAUGGGUUCUUUGAGAAGAUGAUGGGCCAGCUGAUGAGCAAGGAAGUGCUCUACGAGCCCUUAAAAGAACUAAGCGACAAAUUCCCUGGCUUCCUUUCAAACCCCCCUGCAGAUCUAACAUCCGAAGACAAGCAACGAUACCAGACCCAGAUGGGUUACGUGCAGAAAAUCGUAGCCCUGUUCGAAGCUCCUGGGUAUGACGAUAAGAACGCAGCUGAUAUGAAGAAGGUUGUGGAUCUCAUGAGCGAGAUACAAUCGUAUGGCGCUCCGCCGACGAGCAUCAUGGGCCCUCUUCCUCCAGGGCUUGGAUUCGGCCCUGAUGGUUUGCCGCAGAUGGGAGAAGGGUGUGUGGUAAUGUAA